GAUGCGACCUUUUAUUUCUCUUUAUGCUAAACUUUGCCAGGUCGAGGUUAAUUUGUACUUCUGCGUUUACCAUUUAAUGUUCUUCCUUCCUCAAUAGUUAGUUUAUGACAGAUCGUUCAUCAUGAAGGAACAGUGGAGCAUCAGUAAUGAGAAGCUUAUAAGUGUGGAGGAGGGACAUGGAAAUUCAAUUCCUGACAAGAAAGGUUUCACAUAUUUGAAACCCGUGAGUACACACCACAUAUGUGACCAAAUAAUACAAUGCGUGAAACUAAUCCUGUACUUGGAACUGCUACUGUUUGUCGGAUGGGCUUCUUACACAAUAUGGCAAAGUUAUCAUAUCGAUUCGAUGGAAGCCAAGGUUAUAGACAACAUUCGAGAAGCAGAAUCAAAAAAUUUAUUCAGCCAACAAUCGACGUUUGACAAAAGUACUGUUGCACCCGAAGAAUUGAACGCAUCGGAAGAUAAAGUAGUAUUGGUAAACACAAUGGGACAUGUAGAAGAUACGCAUCACGAUAAGAAACAGCCUUUCAAUGAAGAACACGACAUUAUACCGGUAGCAAAACCCGUUCAAGAGUCUCCAACAAAAGACAGUGAAUCGUCGUCUGUAUUGAAAGCUGAUAGUGCAAAAAACAUUGACAUUAAUGAAUCAGAUAAAGAUACUACUGUAUAUAAUUAUUCCGAAAUACAAGAUCACUUUAUAACCGAAGAACCGAAACAAGUAGAAAAUGGGAAAGAAGAAAAUUCGGAAUAUUAUGCGCUUCUUUCGUUACUACUACAGAAUGCUAUGAAGACAGAACCUAUGAAAGAUCAUACUACCGAUAGCAGCAUCAACUUGCAAGAUGCUUCAGUAUUAAAUGAACCGAUCUAUACACCUAUAGAUGGGCUUGAAAAUCUGGAAAUUCGGGAAGAUCACGAGAAGGGAAAUCAGGAAAUUUGGGAGUACCUGAAAAAUCAGGAAAAUUGGUAUCCGGAAAAUAUGGAAAGUCAAGUAAAUCAAUAUCAGGAAAGUGAGGAAAAUUUGGAAAAUCUAGAUACCCAGGGAAACUUAGAAAAUCAGGAAAAUUGGGGGAAUGAAGAAAAUGACGAGAUUCAGGAAAGUGGAGUAAAUCAGGAUAACCAGGAAUAUCAGGAGAAUCAAGAAAAUUUAGGUGUUCUGGAAAAUGAAGAAAAUCAGGAAAAUUUGGAUGUCCUGGGAAAUCAAGAAAAUCAGCAAAGUGCUCCAGGAAUUCAAGAAAGUCCGGAAAUUCCGGAAAACGUCGAAACACCGAUAUUAAUUAUGAAUGAUGAUUAUUUCGAAAAAGAUUGGAGAAAAAGCAUAUUUUCUAUGUUCCGGACAUCAAAAGACCCAUACUUCGCUGAUAAAUCUGAUGACCAUCUUGAAAGAAUUGGUGAUAUGCUUCGAAUGAAUUACGAGGAUGGACUGGAUGAUUCGGAUUACAAAUAUGUACCUUAUUUAAAAUUGGACCCAUCUUCAGGUUUAGAAAAAACGGAUACAUGGACAUUAUCUAAGUAUCCUUACGAUAAUUAUAAGUCUGAUCCGUACUUAUUUUUGUAAUGAAAUAUUGUACAGAGUAUCCCACUAAUUUUGUCCAUUUGAAAUAUCUUCGUUAUGAGGAACAGUACACGAAAAAAUUUCAUAUAACAAUUAAAAAAUAAUUCCAAUAUGGUGGCAGCAACAAUGUCUUUAUAUGGGGCAGGAUAAAGGAUACCUCGAGAUCAAUUUUCAUUUCUAAGAUAGAUAUUAAAGUAAGUUUUAUAUUUAGAAUUCGUGAUCUUGUCGAAUUUAAGCUCAAAAGAAUAAACAUUUUUUCUAUUAAAAUUGAGAACUAAUUUACUCACCCCCUCAUGUUAUGUUUUUGUUGCAACGACUACUACUUUUAUCGGUAAUAUUUUCAUUCAUUAUUUGAAAUAAAGAAGAUAUUUUAGGUGGAUAAUGUUAACGGAGCAUUCUGUAUAAUACAAGAAAAUUUCAACAAAUAAUUUCAUGUAAUAAUUUCGUGUCAUGGUUACAGAAGGAGCAACCGGUAGUUACCAUUUCUAUCGUAAAAGUAUAGCAAUAAUUAGAAAAGAUGCGUUUCGUAUUUCUUUGUAUCGCUUUAUAAUUAAUCUUUUAAUUUAAAUAACUUAUAAUAACUUAUCGAAUAAGUCAAAAGUAAAAUUGUAAAAGAAAAUGUUUUGUGAAUUCUAUUCGCUUAUUUUACUUUAACCCAUAUUUCACAUUCUGAGUCAUCUUAUAGAGAAUUAAAGUAAUAUUAUCAGUAGAAUUUUACAAGUUGCAAGUUACAAGUUAUUAUGAAUGAUCCUAGUUGGAUAAGAAAAGAAAUGAAAGUUCGCAAAUUUCAUGUUAUCUGAUUAAUCUAUUUGGUAAAAAACUAUAAAAACGAUAAAAUCGUAAAAGAAAACUUUAUAAUCUACAGCUUGUAGCUUGUCAAUUUAUUCAUAUUGUUAAUAUUGGUAAAUUAUAAUUUUAUUUAUAAAGGAAUUUGGAGAAGCAACUUUAAAGGAAAGCAUGCUUUAAGAAAAUCGUAUUAUAUUAUACUUUGUCAGACACGCAACUGAAAUUGUAAUUGUGAAGAAGAAAAUGUUUUGUGAAUCCUAAUUUUUAUUUUAUUUAAAAUAAAUCUUGCAUGUGUUUAUAAUUACAAACAUCAUUUAUAAAUGUUCAAUACAAAUUCAUGGCAUAUUUUG